UUUUCCUUUGCAAUAGAUGUCUUUCUCUUGCGGAAGUCUCACUCACUCUUUCACUCUCUCUCUUUCGCGCAAGUUUAAAUUGGAAGCGACCCUACUUUCCUUUCCUUGUAAUUUCUAGUGUCAUACAUUUGGGUUUUUCCUCUGUGAUUUCACAAUAAUGGCUUCCAUUUCCAAGCUCUCAACUUCCGGCCCUGCUGGUUCGUCUACUCCGUUCAAACCCAAAUGUUUGCAGCCCAAAUGUUUUAUCGGCUUCAGCAACACCAGAACUGCUUUUGAUCGGAGAAUUUCAUCCUCCAGGCUCUCCAUUUGCGGCAACCAUGCUUUCCGGGGCUCAUUGGCUGUCAGGUGUUCGCAACUUGAUGGAAAUGGAAGCCAGAUCAAGAGAACAGUUCUCCAUGAUCUUUAUGAGAAAGAAGGGCAGAGCCCAUGGUAUGAUAACUUAUGCCGUCCUGUUACUGAUCUCCUCCCUUUGAUUGCAAGUGGUGUUAGAGGUGUUACCAGCAACCCAGCGAUUUUCCAGAAAGCCAUAUCAACUUCAGAUGCUUACAAUGAACAGUUCAGAGAACUUGCAGAAGCAGGAAAAGAUAUUGAAAGUGCAUAUUGGGAACUUGUGGUGAAGGACAUCCAAGAUGCGUGCAAACUUUUUGAGCCAAUCUAUGAUCAAACAGAUGGAGGUGAUGGGUAUGUCUCUGUUGAAGUUUCUCCCAGGCUGGCUGAUGAUACUGAGGGAACUGUUGAGGCAGCAAAAUGGCUUCACAAAGUGGUUGAUCGCCCAAAUGUCUAUAUAAAGAUCCCUGCCACAGCCAAAUGCAUCCCCUCAAUUAAGGAAGUUAUUUCACUGGGUAUAAGCGUCAAUGUUACUCUCAUAUUCUCUCUCGCUAGAUAUGAAGCUGUAAUUGAUGCUUACUUGGAUGGCCUUGAGGCCUCUGGGCUAAGUGACCUCUCCAGAGUUACAAGUGUUGCUUCUUUCUUUGUAAGUCGGGUGGACACACUGGUUGACAAGAUGCUUGAGAAGAUUGGAACACCAGAGGCCCUUGAUCUCCGAGGAAAGGCAGCAAAUGCUCAAGCUGCUUUGGCAUAUAAACUUUACCAAAAGAAAUUCAGCGGACCCAGAUGGGAGGCUCUGGUGAAAAAGGGUGCCAAGAAGCAGAGGCUAUUGUGGGCGUCCACCAGCGUCAAGAACCCGGCUUACCCUGACACCUUAUAUGUUGCCCCCCUUAUUGGACCAGACACAGUUUCAACAAUGCCUGACCAAGCUCUCCAAGCAUUCAUUGACCAUGGGACUGUGUCGAGAACGAUUGAUUCAAAUAUAUCCGAAGCUGAAGGCUUCUACAGCUCCCUGGAGAAGUUGGGGAUUGAUUGGGGAUACGUGGGAUCGCAGCUCGAACUCGAGGGAGUCGAUGCUUUCAAGAAGAGCUUCGACAGCCUGCUCGACAGUCUGCAGGAGAAGGCAGACUCUCUUAAGCUCAUCAGUCUCUAAGUCUAGGCAGUGCAUCUUGUUCUUGUGGAGCUGCCGCAACAACUUAAUAUCAAUAAGCAUAUAUAUAUACAUAUAUAUAUAUGGUGGGUGUUUUGCUGUCCUGUGUUGUAAGGCUGUGGAUGAUGAAUGAGUGUACUGUAAAAGGAAGGGAUAAUAAUGUAACCAGUACCCAGUGGUACGUUAAGUGUUCAAAAUUUUUAAGCAGCUUUAGUUGGGGAUUGUUAUAUCAAUCUUUGGUUUUGUGAA